UUCGCAACAAGCGCACGCCACUCGCUCCUCCGCUCUGCGCAUAUAAGCCGGCUCGUAAAUGUUCAAUUAAAACAUACAAAUUCUAACCUGAAAAACAUUUCGGGAGACUUUUUUAGAGUAACCCACAAGUGGUACCAAGUGCUUUUCACCCAGUGUUUGAGUUGUUCCACGUGAUAAAAGGUGUUAAAGUCUACACGAAAUGACUUAAAUACUAAAAUCUAAACAUGUGUGCCAGUACAUCCCGGUGUCAAUGAGUUUAGUGUCAAUUAGUGCUGAACCGUUGUUAGUGAAACUUUGAAAAUGGAAGCAUUGGAAAGGAGAGGGAAAGUGUUGGCGAUCGCUGCAAUAUUAUUCAUCGUGUUUUGGUCACAAUGCAAAGGCGUGGAAGGGUACAACACAACGAAGAAGGUGUACACGUGCCCACCGCAGUUCAUCCGGCUUGGGCACAGCUGCUACUUCUUUAGCGAGACCAAAGCAACGUGGCAGAACGCGCUCUUUGCCUGCAAGGAUCGUGAGAGCAACCUAACGGUGCCGGCCCGAUGGGAGGACCGCAACUUAAGAAACUACCUCAAUAAACCAGGCAUUGAGAAAGUUAGCCGUUGGAUCGGCGGGAUCUACGACUACGCCGCGCGCGCAUGGAAGUGGGGCGGCGAGCUGCGCCCCAUGCGGUACCAGUCCUUCUCCAAGAUGAGGAAGCUCAAGCCAGAGGAACUGCAAUGGAACUGCAUCGCCAUGGAGCCCGAGCUGCUCUACAGAUGGGCACCCGCAAGCUGCUACGAGAGCCGGCAGUACAUCUGCAAAACUAAACUAAAGUACCACCGACAACGCAACGCAAUCAGCCGCGAACGAAACGACCCGCGGAGCAACGACGUGGUGACCGCCAAUCCGUCGCUGAACCCGCUCAAGUCAUACGACCUGCGCCCGAGUGCGCUCCGGGCCAUGCCGAAGCCACGGCGAAACAAGCGAGGACCGCUCCGGCCGAGUAGGAAGCUCACCCGACCCUUCCCUGGAUAUCAAUGGAACCGCCGUGACCCUGAGGGCUCAUUCCAACGGAACGCCGAGCUUCUCACUUCUGGCCGCACCGGACUCAGCCCUCAACAAGUCAACACUCACCUAGCGCGGCUUAAACAUUUACGAGACAAGCAGCUAAGGAAAAAGAGAAUACGUGACCGAGAUGACUGGCUAGUCAACGAGCCCAAGCAAAACAUGGCGCACACACACGCGAGGACGUACACUGUGGACAAUAACAUCAGCGCGUUGCAUCCAAAGACAAUAGUCGAGGAGUUCGAUAUGAUGCCGCCGCCAUCACCCAUCGAAGUACGACCAGCACGCCAAACAAAUUACGAUUAACUCCAAUCCAAUUUUAAAACCACUAGAAUGUGCAUUCUCCUUGAAAUAAUUUAAUGACUUAAGGUCACUUUGAAAAACUGAGUGAGAGUUUAUUUUUGAAAAGACCUGGUUUAUUUUAAUAAGUGCACUCUUCUUAUCGCCACUUUGGACUCCGUAGUUCGGAUCUGCUAUGUCAUGUACUCAGUAAGUGUUUAUAAUAAGCAGAAGAUGUUAGCUUAUUUAUUUGCGUUUGUAAUGUGAUCGCUUAGUCAUAGAAAUGUGUACACUAUUGUGUUCUUCUUCUCUUGUCGUAGAGUAGACAGAACGUGACGAUUAUACUUCUAAGAAACAAUGAGACAUGGCUAUGCUCUAUCCAGCCAACACUUGACUCUUGUGAUUUCCUUGGAGCAUUCCCACUUUUUUUAAUGCAAUGAUAGAUUGUAGUAAGGAAAGGGUGAUUUCACCUACUCUGCUGCUGAUAGGGUUGGCUGGCCCAAGUCUAGCUAGUCAUUGUCAUAGGGUAAAUGACAGCGACCAACAUAAUAUACCAUGCUGUCAUAUCUCUACAUUCAGUGUCAACGAUUAAUCAUUAAGUUAUUUGUAAACCAUCUCAUUAUGAGUAUUAACUUUAACUCUAUCGUCAUGUUUCAAUUUAGGUUAAGUUAGCUUAGAUAAUCAAUAUGACACGCAAACGCGACCUAAAGUGUAUUGAUUUAUUUUUAUAUCCUCUAAAGAAAGUAAUACCACAGACUAUAGUCUGUAUCUUUAGGUAUUUAAAUAAAAGUAAACAAACAAUUUGUAAAUUUUCGGGUAGUUGGGUAUAACAUUUAUUGGUUAACCGACCAAUUACAAAACCGCCUGAUUCAGUCACUGAACGAUCUAUUACGAACCUACAUUAUUUGAUCGUGUAAUAUUCUCAUCUACUGCUACUGGGUUAACGAGCCAUUUGAGGGUAGAUUUUGUUUACUUUUAUUUAAAUACCUAAAGAUAUACAUAGAGUAUAAAACAGGCACAGUAAAUCAGAGCCAUGUUUCAAACGUAAUUACAACAUUUUCAUGUCGUUUGCUUUUUAGAUUUAGGAACUAAAAUUAAUUAUAUUUUUGUAUUUAUAAACAACUAGUCAGUAAGUGUGUUUAUUUUAAAGAUUUUAUAUUGUAAGUACAAUAUUAUGUUUGUUUACCAUGUUAAUAUUACCUGUGUUAUAAAGCUACACUUGUGUAAAAUAAAAAUAGCGUAGGUACUCCCAUUAUAUUCCACAAAAUCUUUGUCUGAUUAUAUUUCUAUAUGAGUAUUUUAUUUAUAUAUCUAAUUUAUCUUAGACUUAUGUAACUAGCAUGAAGUUACCUCUAUAACCUAAAAAGUAUUCAUUAGUUUUAAAAACUGUGUCGUACUUUACAUUGGCAUUUCAAAUUUUCUUAGAUUUUAAAUAAUUAGUAACACUAAUGUAAAUCUUCGGAACAAUAUUCACAGAGUCAUUUAUACCUAAUCUUUAACGAGAAGUUUCAUUAU